AUGGCCGACUAUGGAAAGUUGCCCGCGAACGCAACCCUCAAGCCCCAGCCUUUCACGGCUCGUGUGUCUGAGGAAAAGCUGAAGUUGAUGAAAGAUCUCAUCCGCCUCUCGCCCAUCGGACCUGAGGUUUUUGAAAAUAGAGGCACAGACCGCAGCCACGGCAUGCGACGGGACUGGCUCGCAACCGCUCAAAAGACCUGGCUAAACGACUUCGACUGGCGCAAAACGGAAGACUGGAUCAACUCGUUUCCGAACUUCACGGUCAAACUGCAAGACUCCGCGAGGAACGAGAUAGAUCUGCAUUUCGCCGCGUUGUUCUCGCAGCGAGAGGACGCGAUUCCGAUCUCCAUGGCGCACGGCUGGCCGGGGAGUUUCCUAGAGGGCUUGAAGGUGCUGGAAAUUUUGAGGGAGAGGUACUCGCCGCAGGAGCUGCCGUUUCAUUUCGUCGUGCCGAGUCUGCCGGGGUAUGCCUUCUCCAGCGGCCCGCCUCUGGACGGAGACUACAGCGUCCCGCUGGCAUCCGAGCUCUUCGACAGCCUCAUGCGCGUGCUCGGUUUCAGCUCAGGGUAUAUCGCGCAGGGCGGGGACGUGGGGACGGGGAUUGUCAUCGGGCAGGCGGCGGGGAGUGAUUCGUGCAAGGGGUUUCAUUUGAAUAAUGUCUUUGGGGAUCCGCCGGCUGGGGAGGGGGAUCCUGAGGAGGGGUUGGAUGAGGUGGAGAAGAGGGGGUUGAGGAGGGGGGAGGAGUUUUUGAGGACUGGGAUGGCGUAUGCGAUGGAGCAUGGGACACGGCCGGGGACGAUUGGGUUGGUGUUGCAGAGUAGUCCUUUGGCGGGGUUGGCUUGGAUUGGAGAGAAGUAUCUCGAGUGGACGGAUGAGGAUCCUUCUGUCGAGACCAUUCUCCAAGUCGCCUCCCUCUACUGGCUGACCGAUACAUACCCUCGCUGCAUCUACCCCUACCGGGCCCUCGUAUCAGGUUGGAAGCGUGGACCGUACAUCGACAAGCCUUUUGGGUACUCAUUCUUCCCCAUGGAUGUCCUCCCGAAGCCUGGCGCCUGGGCGAAACAGGAGGGGAACUUGGUGCACUAUGUGAGACAUGAUAGUGGAGGGCACUUUCCGGGGCUGGAGAAACCGGUGGAGUUGCUUGCGGAUCUUGAGGCUUUUGUGAAGAAGGCUUGGGAGAUGAAGAAGUGA